AUUUGCAUGUGUUUUAGUGGUUAAGAGUUUGGAAGAAUAUUAAUUUCUCUCCUCUCUUAUUCCUCUAAUUCUUGUGUAAUUGUUGUUGUUGAAGUCAAAAAUGGCACUCAGUCACAACACUUUAGCUUUAACCUUUGGCAUGUUGGGUAACAUCAUUUCCUUCUUGGUAUUCUUGGCUCCAAUAUCAACAUUUUAUCGCAUAUACAAGAAGAAAUCAACAGAGGGUUUUCAGUCAUUGCCUUAUCUAGUGGCUUUGUUCAGCUCAAUGCUUUGGUUAUACUAUGCAUUACUCAAAAAAGAUGCUUUUCUUCUCAUUACUAUCAACUCAUUUGGUUGUGUUGUAGAAACCAUCUACAUCAUAUUGUAUAUCAUUUAUGCACCAAGAGAAGCAAGGAACUUAACUUUCAAGCUGGUUUCGGCGAUGAACGUGGGAUCCUUUGCUUUGAUUCUGUUAGUGACAAACUAUGCAGUGCAUGGUCCAGUUCGUGUUCAAGUUCUUGGAUGGAUUUGUGUUUCUCUUUCUGUUAGUGUCUUUGCAGCACCACUAAGCAUUGUGGCACAAGUUGUUAGGACAAAGAGUGUUGAGUUUAUGCCUUUCAAUUUGUCAUUUACACUCACAUUGAGUGCUACAAUGUGGUUUGGUUAUGGUCUAUUCCUCAAGGACAUAUGCAUUGCUCUUCCAAAUGUGUUGGGUUUUGGAUUGGGAUUAGUUCAGAUGUUGGUGUAUGCGAUUUAUAGGAAUCGCGGUGAAAAAGCGAUUAAAAAGGAAAAGAAAGCACCAAUAGAGCCACUCAAAAGUAUUGUUGUAGAAACCAAAGUGGAAAAAUUUGAAUCAGAGAAGAAGAACAAGGAUGUUGAUAAUGAGGAAAAGAAUAAAAAUGAGGAUCCUAUAGCUUGCAUUGUCUAAAUGUAAAAUGCAUGUUUAAUAUUAAGGUAGAUAUAUCAAAAUCAUGAUGAAACAUCGUGAUUUCUUUAUCGAUUUACCUUAAUAUCAAACACGCAUUUAGUUAAAUAUGUUAUUGUUUCGUGAGCACUAUAGUUUAGCCACGAUUUCGAUCUUUCUAGCUUUAAAUUUCAGUCAUUCAAUCUAGUUUUGUAAAUCUUGUCAUCCAUGAAUUAAU